GGAAACAUUAAACUGCCGUCGCCUUGAACUGGGGAUUAUCUUCAACAAAACGCGUUUAAAAGUCUGUCUUUCGAAGAAAAACGUCACAAUAAAUACCUCGCUGCCCACAAACUGAGGGAUGUUGUUAUAAAAUAACCUUCUGGUAAAAAAAGGAAUCUAAUUCACCGUGGAUUCCGUCUCCGGGACAACAUGGCUAACUGCUAGCUUGUCAGAGAAGGCGGCUUUUCUUGUGCUUUCCGUGCUUUAUUAUUCUUAAAGGAUGGCACCUGCUCAGGAAAAGGCUUUCAGGAUCUCAAACUUCUUUCUGGGAGGAUUACCAAGCAUGAAAGCAGCAGAAUAACAAGUGACUGCUUGACGGACACAGUUCUGCAGCACAACAGCGUAGCAGCAUGAAACCAGCGCUGGUGAGCUCUGCUGCUCCCAGAGAGGAGCCUGACAUCCGGCCUCUCCCCCCAGGAUGGAGGAGCUACAUAUCCCCCGAGGGACUCUGGUACUACGUCAACAGCUGCAGUAAAGAAACAACAUGGCGACGUCCCUCCUUGUCAGCUGAGGCCCCACAGAGAGCGCUGGCACGACACACCUCCUCACCAUAUGCCAACGGAAGCCACAGUGGUACAAAGACCAGUCCGCCCCCAGAGGCCGCUGAUGUUGCUCUGAGGAAACCCUCCAUCAACAAACAGCCCCCCGGCUCUGUUUCGCCGGCCAAGAGGCAGAUCAAGGAGGUCAAGGAGACCAAGAUCACGAUCAACUGUGUGACCUUCCCUCUGCCUGGAGAAGGUCCGGAGCAGCAGCUCCUGAAGCCCAACGAAUGGAGCUACUGCGAUUACUUCUGGACCGACAAGAAAGACCCCCAGGGGACAACCUCGGUGGCGGGGUUCGAGGUCCUUCUGCAGAAGCAGCUGAAGGGAAAACAGAUGCAGAAAGAGAUGUCUGAGUUCAUCCACGAGAGGAUAAAGAUUGAAGAAGAAUACGCCAAGAACCUCUCCAAGCUGUCUCUGAGCCCCCUGGCAGCGCAGGAGGAAGGGACUCUGGGAGAAGCCUGGACGCAGCUGAAGAAGAGUCUUCACGACGAGGCUGAAGUUCACCUCAAGUUCUCCAACAAGCUCCACACUGAGGUAGAGAAACCCCUGCUGACGUUCAGAUGCGACAACUUCAAGAAGGACCUGAAAAAGUACGACCAUCACAUCGCCGACCUCAGGAAGCAGCUGGCGAGUCGCUACGCAAGCGUGGAGAAGUCCCGUAAAGCCCUGGCAGACCGGCAGAAAGAUCUGGAGGUGAAGACUCAGCAGUUGGAGAUCAAACUCAGCAACAAGACGGAGGAGGACAUCAAGAAGGCUCGGCGGAAAUCCACACAAGCAGGAGACGACCUGAUGCGCUGCGUGGAUCUGUACAACCAAACCCAGUGCAAGUGGUUUGAAGAAAUGGUCACCACGAGCAUGGAGCUGGAGAAACUGGAGGGCGACCGGAUCGAGUGGAUUCAGCAGCAUUUACGUCAGUACACGACUCUGCGGCACGAGACGGACAUGUUCAAUCAGAGUAUGGUGGAGCCGGUGGACCAGCUGCUGCAGAACGUGGAUCCAGCCAAAGACAGAGAGCUGUGGGUGAAGGAGAAUAACACCGGCGAUGUGCGACCCGUGGACAUGGACAUAUAAACCAUAUCAAGCAUCCUCCAGUAUUAUAAGAGAACACUUGUGAUGACAGGGAUGCAGGGACGCUGCAUGUUCAGACUGCUGAGCUCUGCUCAUCCUCUGACUGGAGUCACAGGAGGAAACAACGCAGUCAGGAAACAAAACUGGAUCAAAGUACCGGCAUGUUCCUUCUAAAUUAUAACCCUCUCAUAAUCAACAUUAGCUUAUUGAAUGCCAUUUAACAUAUUAUGCUGUUUACCUGUUGUAAAGUGGACACUAUUAGAAAAAAAUUAUGUAUUUUGAAUCAUUUAGUUUAGCUUCAAUUUACACCUUUCACAGUUUGAGUGAACCAAACAAAAACUAAAAAACCGUCUGAUUAUUGAUAUUACCUUUAUUUUAGAUACGGAUAUUGAAGCAUAUUGAGAUCUUGGACUGAAUAUGAUAUAUUUUCAUAUUUUGCUGGUUCAUUUUGGUGGAAAUGCAUGUUUUGAAUAUCUUGCUUUUUUCUGUAUAUGGAGAGCUGCACAAUUUGUGGAACCAUGAUCUUUGGUGUAGUUCAGUGACUUUACAGAAGGUCUUCUGCAUCUCGUACGUGACAGAAUUCAGGAGCUUUCUCACACAAAAUAACAAGAAUUAAGUGUACAGCGUUAAUAUCCAGUAACCUCAAUUGUUUAAAAAAGCAGCCACAUGCAGUGUUUAGGAAAGUGAUUUUGAUUAAGUCAAACUAGGCCAGGGUCUAUAUUGGAUCAGUCCGGAGGAAAAAGGUGGUCCAAGUUACACUGAAACACCUUUUAGUGCCUAACGGUUAUAUACCUGGAAUGUCCUUGACAUAUUCUGCUCUACUGCAUCAGUGUACAUUUGUACAUAAAGGCUACAUGUAUUUUGCUGUCCGAUGUUUAACGGGCCCAAAUGAUCUUUGAGGCCGAUGAGGUGUUUGUACUGUACAAUGUUGUCUUUUAUUUUUGGUUAAUAUACAAAGAAUAUCUUUACGAUGGUGGUUGAAAGCAGAAAAUUCAAGAAAUUAGAAGUAGGACGGCGUACAAGGGCCCUUGUAGGUAAACGUUUUUUAUAGCCGGGGAAGGGCGGGAAUAUUCAGAGCAAAAAGAAUAAAGUCGUACAUUUCCGAGAAAAAACUUAAAUAUUGAGAUUUGGUUUCAACUUUAAUCUCAGAGAAUUUCAGGGUUUUUCUUGCAAAUGUUCAACUUUAAUGUCUGAGAAUAUCCCAAAAAUGUUCUUUUAAAUUUACAUCCAAAUCGUAAAUUUAUAUUAAAAGAAAAAAGGAUUUAAGUCACAAAUUUACAAUUUAUUAAUGAACUUUUCUUUCUCAUAUAUUUACUACUUUAAUAUCAGAGAGUUUCUGAGAGAAGAUAUAUAUAAUAACAAAAUUAAACUGUACAUUACAUUUGAUUUGAAUUUAAGAGAAGAAAUCCAGAUUAUUCUCAGAAUCUCAAAGUUAUUUUAUUGUUAAUUUAAAUCUUGGGGAAAAAAAUGUUUCGGAAUAAUUCCCGUCUCUGUAAUUUAUUAAUUUCUUUACCGACAGAGUCCCGACUACGCCGUCGUACAAAAGAAGACAAAUGAGUGAAUUUGUGAUUUGAUUGAUUUUAAAGACGUUACUGAUCUACAGCCGGCUGACAUCCCAGUCGCCCAACUGAAAGACAUUUGAUCAGAGACUGCAUGAACAGUAUGUGUCUGUGUUUACAUGUGUCUGUCUUAGUCUUUACAUUUCUGUUGUUGUCUAUCUGCUCUAGAUUUAUCUGGAUUAUUACCUUUCUGUGGCAGUCUUAUUAAUUUCUCAAAAGCACGAAGCCAAUCAAAUAAAGAUUAAAGUCGUAAUCCUAAUCCAGCUGCCGAGCACAAGAAAAAAAUUGCUAUUAAAAAUAUAUAUAAAUGUUUACCUGCCUUACCACCAACAUUGAUGAUGCAUAAAGUGCGUUACUUUUUAUUGUGUUAAAUAAAGGAAGUCAUCUUUAUUCCAGACUUCAUGCGCAGGUUUAAAUAGCACAUCUGUUGUAGAGGUUUUAUCAGUGUGUGUCAAUGUUGUGCACUAAACGUACCAAGUUAUUAUGUUCCGACUAAAUGUUCGACAGUUUCCUGAUGACGUGACGGUUGAGUUUACUGCCCUUCUGUGAUUAACAUUUUCAUAACGUGCAUUCAGAUCCCUUUGUUCCCGAUGUUUUACGAAUGUUUGAUGACAGGUGACCUCUGUCCAGACAGUGUACUGUGGAAUGCAGUGUCCAAAAUAAAUCCCCUCUUUGAAACAUUCAA